AUGAAGGUCAAGGCCGACAGAGACGAGUCUUCUCCAUACGCUGCCAUGUUGGCUGCCCAGGAUGUUGCCGUCAGAUGCAAGGAAGUCGGAAUCACCGCUGUCCACAUCAAGUUGAGAGCCACCGGAGGAACAAAGUCCAAGACCCCAGGUCCAGGUGGUCAAUCCGCUCUCAGAGCCUUGGCCAGAUCCGGCUUGAAGAUCGGAAGAAUCGAGGAUGUUACCCCAAUCCCAUCCGACUCUACCAGAAGAAAGGGUGGUCGUCGUGGUAGACGUCUUUGA